AUGGCAGCUGUGUAUCGAGACGAAGAGGGAGGCCACCCCAUCCCUCGCACACGCCGCCCGAGCAUGAUCGAAACCUACGAGCGACUCGGAGAGAUUAGCCCUCUUACCGGUCCCACGCACCCAUCCGAACAGGAAACUGGCCAUUUCCUGCCCGAAACAACUCCCGAAAGGCGGCAAGUAUCGACAACAGAUCGGUCCCUCGAUAAGGAUGCCGACCUUGCGGAGAAGGUUACGACUCAUCAUUUCGAGGAGAUCGGAGACGGAAACCCACCGCCUGACGAAACCGUUCUAUACCUUGCCUACGGCUCGAACUUAUGCUCCGAGACCUUUCUGGGGAGGCGAGGCAUCAAACCGCUUUCUCAGAUCAACGUCGUCGUUCCAGACCUGUGGCUCACCUUCGAUCUCCCAGGCAUACCAUACCUUGAGCCCUGUUUUGCAGCAACUCGACUUCGCAAACCCCCAAACCCAGAGAAAGACAAUGCAUCAGACGGAAAACCCAUAACAGAGGAGACCUCGCGUCUCCUCCACAAGGGCCCCGACUAUAACCCCAGCAUGCCCCUCGUCGGCGUCGUCUACGAGGUUACUCUCACAGACUACGCCCGGAUAAUUGCAACGGAGGGUGGAGGACGCGGAUACGAAGACAAAGUCGUCGACUGCUACCCCUUCCCGAAGGCCUACAACCCAACGGACCCUCUCCCCGAGCGUCCAAGCACGAAGCCCUUCAAAGCCCACACGCUUCUAUCCCCCGCCGUGGCUGAGGACCUAGUAGAAGCUACUACUACCCAGGACCAUGCUCUUACAAGCCGGAAACAAUGCGGUUUCGUCUCGCGCUUUAGCCCUCUUGUCCGCCCGAACCCAUUCUACGCCCAGCCUUCGGCUCGCUAUAUCAACCUAAUCAAAAUGGGCGCCGCUGAGCAUGACUUUCCCGUCGCAUACCGGACAUAUCUUGCUGGGAUUCAGCCGUACCGUAUAACUACCCUGCAGCAGAAGGUAGGCAAGGUGCUGUUUGCGGGGAUAUGGAUGACGCCGGUACUUCUGGUCUUGCUCUUGCAGAGGAUGUCCGCAGGCUCGGAUGGACGCAGUCCCCCCUGGCUGGUUAGAUUGGCGGAUGCUAUUUUCUUUACGAUGUGGCGGUCGUAUGAUAAUUUAUUUCUGGGUAUCUUUGGGGAUGGGGAAAGGACUAUUGGCGAUAAUGCUGCGUGA